UUAUCCAAAUGAAAAAAAAAAAGUGCUUUAUUUAUAUUGUAAAGAGCUAACUGAUUCAGUAAAUAAUCAGCGACGUAAGCAAACACGUUAGUUUUAAUAAUUAUAAGAGCGUCGCGUACAAGCCGGAUAUGUAUUCGUUAAAACAUUUGAAUAAAACUACUAAUGUUAAUAAAACCAACAAUAACAACAAUGUGAAUGUGUUAAAAGAUUUUAAAGUCGAAGCUGUUAAAGCGAAAACUGCUAACCAAGGCAAUGAUCCACAAAUAUAUGUGGUUUUUAUAUCAUUGCUGCUUGAUUUAUUGGCUUUUACCAUUAUUCUACCUUUACUGCCUUCACUAUUGGAAUAUUUCAAACAAAAUGAUAAUUCGGCUUUCUAUCGCGUACUUACCCAGAGUAUGCAAAAAUUUCAGCAACUGGUGGGUGCUCCAGAACGUUUUAAUUCAGUAUUGUUUGGAGGCUUUUUGGGUUCCAUGUUUAGUUUUUUACAAUUUCUAGCAAGUCCAAUAGUAGGUGGGCUUUCUGAUUAUUAUGGACGUAGGCCGGUGCUUAUUUGUUGUGCUAGUGGCAUUGCUUUAUCAUAUUUCUUAUGGGCAUUAUCGCGUAAUUUUGCUUUAUUUGUUCUGUCACGGUUCAUAGGAGGCCUUAGCAAAGGCAAUAUCUCUUUGGCCAUGUCGAUAAUAACGGAUGUUUCCAGUGAAAAAACCCGCAGUCGAGGUAUGGCCUUAGUUGGUAUAGCUUUUUCUUUAGGUUUUAUCUUUGGACCGAUGAUUGGAGCGUUCUUUGCGAUAUUUGCUAAUAAGAACGCUGGACCAUGGUUUGUGUCACCUUCCCUUUUGGCUUUUACUUUGGCAAUCGGUGAUUUGCUCGUGCUAUUAUUCUGCCUAAGAGAAACUUUGCCAAAGGAAAAGCGCAUAAAACAAAUUUCAUCUUCAUUAUCAUGGCAAUUGUUAAACAUAACAUCAAUAUUUCGAUUUUCUGCUAUGAAAAAUGUUUCAAAAAAGCAAAUGAAUGCCUUGCAAAUUAUCGGCUUGAUUUACUUUACUUAUUUGUUUCUAUAUUCGGCUUUGGAAUUUACGGUAACAUUUUUAAUGUAUCAUAAAUUCGGUUACACAUCAAUGGAUCAAGCGAAAAUGUUUUUAACAACUGGCGUUAUUAUGACCCUAUUGCAGGGUUCAGUUGUGAGAAAUAUACCAGAGUCAAAGGUGAAAAACUAUGCUGUAGGCAGUCUAUAUUUACUAGUGCCAGCCUUUAUCUUUGUGGGCAUGGCUUCCAGUACAUGGUUACUUGCAACAGGAAUGAUUUUAUAUGCGAUUUCCACAGCGUUUACUGUUACAUGCCUAACGACAUUGGUUUCUAAGUAUGGCAAUGAUGAUCAAAAAGGCUCAGUUUUAGGUAUAUUUAGAUCACUAGGCGCUUUAGCUAGAUCUCUUGGGCCUAUAGCUGGUUCAAUUGCUUUUUGGUGCCUUGGCUCGAAAUUUACUUAUGUUAUGGGUGGCCUGUUGCUAAUAAUACCUUCGUGGGUUUUACAAAGAAGUCAACUUUAAUUGUGUAUUGUUGCAUUGAACAUUGCGAUUGUUUUAUUCCAAUAAUUUAUAUUAUAUAGAAGUUAAGUAUUUGAAAUCUCGAAAGAUUGAACAAAAAUUUUCACAUAUACAUAUAUAUGUACAUGUACAUAAGUGUAUAGCCACAAUAAAAAUCCUUGUUACUUUAUACAAUGAAA